UUGUGACUGAGAAAAAAAAGAGGAAGAGGAAGAGGAAGAGACAGAGACAGAGACGUGUGGAUGAGAGGUUUUGAGAUUCAGGAAACACUUUGACACGAAGCAGCUGUCGAUACAAGCAGAGGAAACAGAAACAGAUAAAUGAUCCGAAGGAAUCUCAGAAGAUGAUUCAUCUACUUGUCCUCGCUCUGAUCCUCACAGGCUGUGAGGCUGAACUUGAAAUCAAGGCGUGUACGGGAGGAUGGUUUGAAUUCACCUGCAAAUGCAAAAUGAAAUGUCCAACCAUCGACGUCAAGAAUCCCCGAAGACACAUAACAAGCACUACAGUGAACACAUGGGAACAGGAUGAGAAUAUUUCCUUGUACCACGAUACAGAAAAUAAAGUCCUCAGGGUGAAGGUCACAACACUGACGUCUGCUGAUUCUGGGGAUUACAAGUGUAAGAUUAAGAAAAAAUCAACCAAAGUGGAGCUGAAACUGAAGAAUGGCGGCUGCCAGGAACCGCUUCAUCAAACUGUUUACGCAACGGCUACAACCACGGUAACAUGCAACUAUACCCCCAAGGAUGAAUACGUGUUUUUUUUCUGCAAAGAGGAAGGUUCUGACUGCGUGGACGUUUUUCCAACACAAUCUGCUUCAUGGUCAAACGGAAAGUUCACGAAGACAGAAAUCGAAAGUGGCUUCAGCGUGUCCAUCAGCGACGUGUCCUCGCAGGAUGGUGGCGUCUACUGGUGUGGACGGAAAUCAGCUCAUAGACAUUACAGGAGUUCACUCAGACAAAUAAAGCUGGAGGUUAAAAUUUCAGAGCCUCCACCUGCAACAACACCCUCCGUCCAGGAAACUACUGGAUCUUCUACUUCCUCAGUCCAGACAACCACUGCAUCUGCUGAGCAUCAGGGUGGCUCUUGGUUACUGGUUAUCGUUGCAAUUGUUGCAGUGAUGUGUGCAGCCGCGUUGGUGCUUUCUGUCGUCAUAUACAAACGAUGUGAGGGAUCAAAAAACACAACUCAGAACGAGCAGGAUCACAACUAUGUAGAGAUAGAAGAGCGCCUCCAGAAGCCAGACUCAGGAACUGCACCAAAAACACUGUACGUCACUGCCAACUUCCCCACAAACGUUUCUGGCUCCCAUUACUCCAACAUCCUGUUUGAGAAAAGCUCUGGUGAAGUUAGUGGUGACACAUAUUCCACUGUAGGGGGCAGUGUCCCGUGUCCCACCUACUCUACUGUCAAUCAUCCUUCCAGCUUCACUGAAAAACCUCUUUAUUCUACCGUCAACUUCUCCGUCAGGUCCUCACAGGGGCCUUGAAAAACACAAACCUGGCUCAGACGUCAGAAAGAAACAAGACUAUAUCGAAUAUUUUGUCAAAACCUUUGUAAGAUUAGCAGCUAAUGAAUCUAUUGUACUGUGUUUGUGUUAUUAUCUUCUGUUCCCUAUGGAGAAAUCUGAAGAAUUUGAGGAAAAACUAUGAAAACGUUAAUUAUAACAUGGAAUCAGUAUUUUUGAAAAGAUCGUAUUAUAUCCUUUGUGUAUAUAUAUAUAUUAAUAUAAAGUGUUUAUCUUCAUGUUU